AUGAGUAACCUCAGUGAGAGUAGUCCACUACUAGACUUUGAUAUGGCUGCCUUGGAAUGCUUUCUCCAAGACGAUUUCUUCCAAACUCCUCCGACCACUUUCGAGGAGGUUACCACCGCCACCGCCACCGCCACCACUUAUCUAGACGAUCUUUUAUGUGACGAUUUUGUGCCAUUACAACUUGAUGAAUAUUCAGACGUCGAUGUCACAUACAUUGAUACCAGCCCCAUAGCUACCGGUAACGGUAAUAUUGUACCAUUAGAAGCUUUUGCGGACCAGAGUCAAUCGCCGAUGCCGGUGUGUGCACUACCGGAUUCUGAUUAUGUGCCAAAAGCGCACGCUAGCGCAUCGUCGAUACAUAGGAAAUAUAAAGGCGUACGAAGAAGGCCGUGGGGGACUUACGCAGCGGAGAUUCGGGACCUGAAGAAGAACGGGGCGAGAACUUGGCUCGGGACCUACGAGACCCCUGAGGAUGCGGCUCUGGCUUAUGAUAAAGCCGCCUUUAAAAUGCGCGGCUCGAAAGCGAAACUCAAUUUUCCACAUUUGCUUGGCUCAGAAGCAUAUGAGCCGAUAAGAUUGACGAAUAAGCGCCACUCGAUGGAGCCUUCCGCAACGCCGUCGCAUUCAUCUUCUUCAUCACAGACUGAGCACACUACUAUUGAUUAUCAACCAAAGGCGAACAGGAGAUUGAACCAAAUAGCAUCGGCGGCUCCAGCCAUUUUGGAGAAGCUAAAACAAAUUAUAUAUGAUGCAUAA